AUGUUGUCUGUGCCUAAGGAAUCGGUUAAACAGGUUUUUAAUAGAUACCAAUAUACGCUCUCUGGUUAUUUUAUUGGCAAAAGAGUUGCUUUCCCUGUUGUGGAGAAUUUUGCAAGAAAUAAUUGGGUAAAGCAUGGGUUUAUUAAAAUCAUGAUGAAUGUGAAUGGUUUUUUCUUCUGUAAGUUUAACUCAAAUGAAGGGAUGCAAAAAGUGUUGAAUGAAGGUCCAUGGUUAAUUCGUAGUGUACCUAUAUUUUUGAACAAAUGGACACCAAAUGUUAUGCUUAAAAAAGAGGACAUUACGAGUGUCCCGGUUUGGGUUAAGAUGCAUAAGAUACCUAUGGCUGCGUACACGGAUGAUGGCCUUAGUCUCUUGGCUACAAAGCUGGGUAAUCCCAGACAGUUAGAUUCAUACACAAACAGUAUGUGUUUGGAAUCUUGGGGUCGUGCUAACUAUGCAGGAGCACAAAUUGAAGUAUCGGCUAAAAAGGAACUUAAAGAAUCUUUGAAAAAGGGGGUGACGGUUGAUGAGGAUGGAUUUCAGGAAGUGAGAAGAAAAGCAAAUCAGCAGCAGGGUUUUAGCUUUAAAAAAUCAAAACUGGUCUUUGAAUAUCGUCCUGUAUCCAAGCCUAAGUCUGAUCCACCUAAAGCUAGUAGGUCUCAGAUUCCAACUCAGAACACUUAUGAUUUGUUGAAUGACUACGGGGAGGGGUGUAAUGAACCAUUGUUCAAGACUAUGGAGGAGAAGGAUGAAGGUAGAAAGGAAAAUGUAGACUUGAAGUAUACUGAUUCAGAUGAUGAUGAGGUCGAAAUGGUGCUUGAUGAAACUGCUAAAUUUAUGGCAAGGGGAACAACUACAUUAGAGGGGGCAAGCACUCCCGUUAUAUGGGUUUCCGAUGGGUAG